AUGUCAAGAAUCUAUAAUGAUUCAUCAAUAUAUUGUUCUGAGAUUCCGAUUGAUUUAAAUAGAAUCGAUAGUAAUUUCCUAUAUCCUUUACUGGAACUAUAUUUUUGUCCAAUAUGUCAGUAUCCCAAAGCUCCUUGUCAAACAUCAUAUAAAAUCGAUUACAAAUUUUGUAGUAAUUGUUUAACUGAUUAUACAAAAAGUAAUGAUCCAAAACUAACCAAAUGUAUCAAGAAUUGUUUUACUUGUCCUGAAUGUACGAUUCUGAAUCUAAAUAUCAAAGUGUUUGAUCAUGAUAAUAAUGGUAAGGCAUUUGAAUUCAUUUGUGGUUAUUGUCAAUAUAGGUUCAAAACAAAUGUGAUAUAUAAACCAAAACCAUUAUAUAAAAUAAUUAUUGAUGAAAUGAAUGAUCCAUUCCAUCGAUUAUGUCAAGAAAUCAAACAAGGUGUUUUAAAACAUCGAGAAACUAGAAAUGAUACUACAACAAAGAUUGAAAAAAAUAUUGAUAUUGAUGAAUUACAAUUAAAAUUACGAGAUCUAAAAUUCAAAAAUGAUGCUAAUAAUGAGAUUGCAAGGGGGAAAUAUCCUUUGAGUAAUAAAUUGACUACGAAAAAGACAUUGAGAUGUUUGGAUUGUAAUAAUUUGGUUUUCUCACCAAUAAUUGAAAAUAUCCCACCUACUGUAAACAAAGUUGCAGUUAAAUUCAAUGCCAUUGAUUAUUUACCCACUAUAACUAUAUCAAAAAUAUUGAAUGACAAAUCAGAUUGGAAAACACAUCAAGUCAUGCUUCUACAUUUCAUCAACCCAUUGAAAACCAAAGUGCAUGUGAAUAUUAGUAUUCCUAGUUCAUUACAGAUUAAACAUACCACCAAAAGCAAUAACCUAACCACAACCACAACCACGAUUAAAUUGACCAUUCUUAGAAACGAAUUUACUUUGGGUGGUAAUAUUCCUGGUACAAAUUUAAUUAAGACUAUUCCAACGGCACUUUUAACAACAAACACAUCGAUUUCCAAAUCAGAAUUAAUACUUCGGAAAGGUGAUUCCAUGUAUAAAGAACCACCAUCAAUUGAAGAAAUUGAAGAAAAUUUAGAUGAUUAUAUUGAAAAAGGAUUAAAUUGGUGUACCAUUCCUAUAAUUAUUGAUUUUAAAAAUAAUAAAUCAAAUUUACCGGAAAAUUUCUUAAUAAGAUUACCAAUUUAUGUUAAUUUGAAAAGUGAUAUUAUACCAGUAUCAUUAUCAAAGAUUAGUGAUAGAUUUUCUUUAGGGUAUUGGAAUGUUAUUGAAUUGAACAAUAUAAAUAUAGUUUAG